GGUUUGACGUGAUCCGAGCUAAGCGAUCGUUAGAUUUAAUCAUCAUUGGCAGUGUGAUUUAUUGUAGGCCUAAUGCUUUUUUCCUCAGUUGGUCAGAACAAAAGUGGCAGAAAUAUUACUUACUUCUUCAGAUUAUAUUUUCCAGUGAAAUUCUUAUAUUGGUCAUACUUUCAAGACAUAGAAUCUGUCUUUUUUAUAGACCUAUAACUUGGUAAAUAGGACAAUGCAUCAAUGCUCUUGUUUUCUUCAUAGAAAGAUGGCAGUGACGCACAAAGAAAAUAGGUUAUAAAACUAGAAAUUGUAAUGCAUAAGCACACAAAAAAAUCCUGUGCACGUGAAUAGUUUCUCAAGGGCACAAUAAAGUUUCUUGUGUGCGUGCAAAAGACUGUUGUCAGAGUUAUGUCUGUUUUGAGUUUGUUUUUGAUCUGUUUUCAUGCAUUUUCCCUUUCUUCAGUUUCAUAGUCAGUUUUCAAGUUUGUUAAUUAUUUCAGUUCUCUUUGUGUGCCUGCCUGUUUUUCUCCUUGGUUACUGAUUAAUUAGUGUCUUCAGUUCAGGUGUGUCUUGUUAAUUUAGUCUCGUUAACGCCUCUGUUUACUGUGUAUUUUGCUUUCAGUUUCGGUCUGUCCUUUGUUUAGCUGUGUUAAUGUUACAGUGUGUUUGUAGUUGCUUUCCUGGUGAUGUUCGCUGUUCCUUGUUCAGAUUACUCCAUUAAAUGUUCUUGAAGAUAUCUCCUUUGUUGUGUGUUUGAAUACUACAACCCAAUCAUGAUAUCUGUAUGUUGUCAUAAAUAAAAAAAAAUUUAAAAAAUAAUGGCGAUACAUCCAUGAGAAAUAAAGAUACAUUAACUAUCCUUAUCGUUACUGUCAGUGCUGUGCUUUGAUUGGCUAGAUGACACCGUCACAGUCAGUGAUAGGCUGAAGAGACUGACACUUCUUUAUUCAGUAUAUAAUGCAUCAGGGAAAGUCUGCAGCCUGGGCAAACCUCACUAAGAUCUUACUGAUGAAAAAAGCAUUUGAACAUGAUUCAAGAGGUCACUGGAAACAGGAAUAUUUCCUUCCUACCUGCUGGAUUCUCUGGUAACACAACAUUCCAGACAACAGGCGACUUGAGCUCCACGCAGUCAAACUCCUCUGCAAAUGUGACCUUUGUUCGUCCUGCAACAUUUUUCAUCAAUGGCUUUUCUAAUAUUCCACAUGCAAAAUACUACUAUGUGUUCUUGUCUUUGGUGUAUGUUGUGACUGUUUUAGGGAAUUCAUUUAUCAUGUGUACCAUUUAUUUGGCCCGCAGACUUCACACAGCCAAAUACAUUGUGGUUUUCCAUCUGGCCCUUUCUGAUCUGUGUGGAAGCUCGGCCUUGAUUCCAAAAGUCAUUGACACGUAUCUAUUUGAGCACCAGGAGAUUUCAUAUGAAGCAUGUUUGGCAUAUAUGUUUUUUGUUUUUCAUUUCAUGAAUCUGCAGUCUUUGACACUACUUGCCUUGGCUUAUGACAGACUGAUUGCUAUUUGUUUUCCUCUACGGUAUCAUGCCAUUGUAACCAAAACAGCCAUGUUUCUGAUCAUAGGUGUUAUGUGGACCCUUUCUGUGACUUUUAUUGCUUUACUGGUGAGUUUGAUAACAAGACUCUCUUUUUGUAGCUCAACUGUAGUCAAUAGUUAUUUUUGUGAUCACGGCCCUCUCUAUAGACUAUCUUGUAAUGAUAAUGUCAUAAAUUUGAUCAUGGCAAAUAUUUGCUUUGGUCUCCUGGUAUGCAUGCCACUGAUAUUAAUAAUAAUCUCAUAUUUCUGCAUUGCUCUGGCUUUGCUUAAGAUUGCUCAUGGUGCCGAACGGAAUAAAGCCAUGAAAACCUGCACCUCACAUCUCAUGUUGGUGGCAAUCAGUUAUGUCCCACUUUUAGGUACUAAUAUUGCAGCUUUAGCAACAUUCAUCCAUCCAAAUGCAAGGAUAAUUAACAAUUCCUUAACUCAGACUAUACCACCCAUGCUGAAUCCCAUCAUAUACACUCUAAAGUCAGAGGAGGUCAUGCUGUCCAUAAAAGAACUGUACAAACGAAGCAAGGUGAAUAUACUGGAGAAAUAAAGGUUAAAUCCAAAGAGUGAUAAAUACAGUUUGCUGUUAGUUGAUUUUGUUAAUUUGCAUUAAUGCAUCUGUACUUGUGUGUUGACUAUCAAUAUCUGGUUAGAUAUAUUGUAUGAUGAAAGCAUUCAACAUAUAUUUAAUUGACCAGAAUUGACUGAACUGUGUGUAAAAAUAUUCUCACAGCCUUCUCAUAUGUGAUAAAAAUAAAUUACUCAAAAUAUUUAUGAAGUCACAGAAUUUAAAAUUUAUGUUGUAAACAGGCCACAAAUGAAAUAAAUUAACUUCAAUUUGUUUUGUUGAAAAUGAUUGAAAUGUUUGUUUGUAGUGCAACAAAGGUUUCUAUGCCAUGCAUGCAGAUUUGAUUUUUUUUUUCAUACUAUGGACGUCAAUGUGGAUUCACAACUGUUUGGUUACCCAUAUUCCCCAUAUAUAUA